AUGGGGAGGGGUGAGGCUAUCGAAGAGGCUAAACUAGCCGAGGCUGUGGCCGUUAUUCGGGAGUUUUUCUCCACAGAGAAAACAUCCCAUCGCGCCCGCGGAAGGGUCGUUGUCAUCUGCUCGACGCGUCGGGAGCAGCAGCUCAUUUUAGAUCGUCUCUCGGGGGCAUCAUGGGGUUCAGAGCUGAAAAGCGUCGCGGACUCCCUUGUCGAGGUUCUUGCCAUCACGGCGUCCGGAAACGCCGAGGAUUUCGCGCAGCACCGCGCGGAAGUGCUGGUCAUCACGGACGCGCAGCUGCACGUUGGGCGGGAGGUUCAGACGCUCACCCGGUGCGGCCGGAUUGAUCUCAUCCUGCACCUCGGCCUGCCACGGCAGCUCACCACUGGGCGGAGCGGCAGCGAACUCCAACACGAAAUUCGCCAGUGCAUUGCACACCGCUCCCGGCGUAUUUUAGGAUCCACACGAAAACUAUUCAACACGCGUUUGCUGGCCCCCACAACGGCGGAAGGAAGGGCAUCCGGACUGCCAAAGAUCCCCUCGAUCAUGUUGCUGCCUCAGCAUCACAUGGGUGGGGCUUUAGGAAUCGCUUUGAUGAAUGCGCUGGUAUCACCCACAGAUAUCUGA